AUGGAGCCCCGAGGCUCCCGCGACGGCAGUAGCGGCGACGGCAGCCCGGAGCUGGGCCGGGGCAAGCGGCUGAGCGUCGGCGAGCUGCGCUCGCUCUUCGAGGCGCGCUGCGCGGCCCCCAGCAAGCAGCUGCCCGAGCCGGCCAAGAAGAGCUGCCGGCCGCGCAACGGGGUGCUGCCGCCGGUGAUCCCGCAGCUGACCGUCACCCCCGAGGACGACGCCGAUGAGGCACAACGCAGCCCGGCCGGGCGCCCGCGGACGGAGCCCGACGGCGCCUGGCUCAGCGCGGACCUGCUGUCGUCGUCGCGCCGCUUGUCCACGUCGUCGCUCUCCUCCACCGGGUCGUCGUCGCUCUUCGAGGACUCCGAGGAUGACCUGCUCAGCGACACGGAGAGCAGGAGCCAAGGCAUCGUCCACCUGGAGCACGGCGAGGAAACGCACCAGAAAAAAGCAUGGCAGACGUUAAAAACAAUUGUCAAUUUGCCAGUCAUCAGUCCCUUCAAGAAGCGAUACUCCUGGGUGCAGCUGGCUGGUCACACAGGGAGUUUCAAGGCAGCUGAUGGUGGAACGAUCCUGAAGCGCUACUCUGAGAAUGAGGAGAAGUGCUUUGAACUGCUGAUGAAUGACCCACUGCGCUCCUGCGUCCCUGUCUUCCAUGGCGUGGUGGAGAGAGAUGGCGAGUCCUACAUGCAACUAGAUGACCUUCUAGCUAAUUUUGAAGGGCCUUGUGUGAUGGAUUGCAAGAUGGGAAUCAGGACGUAUUUGGAGGAGGAAUUGACUAAAGCGCGAGAGAAACCAAAGCUGCGUAAGGACAUGUAUAAGAAAAUGAUCGAUGUAGAUCCUCUGGCACCCACUGAGGAGGAGAAUUCACAGCAUGCAGUGACCAAACCACGCUAUAUGCAGUGGAGGGAGACAAUCAGCUCCAGCGCUAACUUGGGUUUCAGGAUCGAAGGGAUUAAGAAGGCUGAUGGGACUUGUAACACCAACUUCAAGACAACGAAGACACGGGACCAAGUCUUCCAGGUUUUUGCAGAAUUCAUUAAGGGAGAUACAACUAUAUUGAAAAAAUACUUGAGGCGUCUGUAUGAAAUUCGUGGUGUUCUUGAGUCUUCUAAUUUCUUUAAACGGCAUGAGGUAAUUGGAAGUUCACUGCUGUUUGUGCAUGAUGAUAGUGGGCAUGCCAAUGUAUGGCUCAUUGAUUUUGGAAAGACUACCCUUCUUCCAGAUGAGCAGACCUUGGAUCAUAGGAUCCCUUGGCAGGAAGGGAACCGAGAGGAUGGCUACUUACUUGGACUGGACAAUUUGAUCGACAUCUUAGAAAAUAUAUUUGAGAGAUGAGAGGGACUGGCACAAAGUCACUAUAGGAUCGCUCAGUUGCUUUUAAUUUUUCCAGAAUCAACACACCCCCUCCCCAGUCAGAGGGAAAGCUUUUAAAACUUUUGCCAGACUCUGGGGGCAUUACCCUGCUGAAGAAACGAGGUGGAAACUCAGAGCCAGCCUCUGGGAGCCUGGGAAAUCCAGGGUUAGCCAUGAAUGCAAAGGGCUAACUUCAGUUUUAUUGAACUAACACAGAAUAAUUUCUGAACAUUUGGACAUUGGAUCAGGACAACUACUUCCUGGAGGGAAAGUUGCUUGGAGCACAUGGGACGGAAAAUAUUGGAAUUCUCGUCUGAAAUAUCUUCAGAAGUAAUAAGCAGACUUCCUAACCUUCAUGCUGCUGCUGCUGCUGCUCACACUGUUAGAUAGGAAUGUUCCCAUUCCACGCAUUCACUUGUGUGCCAGGCAGCUUGGAACUUGGCGAAGAAUUUACAAACUCUCAUUCUCAUAUAUAUAUAUUAGUUUUAAUGGUGGUGCAGAAAAGUUUAAAGAUGCGCACAAAGUGCUGUUGAAGCUUCAGAAACCAAAGGGCACCUUGGGCUCCAGGAGCCAGUGCAAGAGUUUUUGUGCCCUACACAACUCUCCAUACCCCUCUGUUCCUUCUUGUCUUCUGCCAUUCCAUUUUGUCGCCAACUGCUUUCCACAAAUUAGUUUAUCUGUGCCAAAACAUGUGCAGCUUGCCACUAAGCCCCUCCCCCAAAUAUCUUGCACACAUCUGCCCUGCAACCCUGACCACAACUGUGCAACAGGUAAGUCCUACUGAUUUUUAAUCAACCAUCCAAAACUCAUCAUGGGCAGAACUGCAGUCUAAUGCAUGCUUUGAUUGGAGCAUGUGUGCUAUAGAGGAACCUGGAUCAGCUCUACCUGUUAGAGGAGCUGCCAUGGUAAUAGGGAAGCAGAGGUUGAACCCAUACAAUUCCAAUUUGCACCAAGCUUUGUAUUAGUGCUUCUUCAUGAUUGCUAGCCUCUCCUUUUCUUCACCUGAGACUGUUCAUAAAGCUGUCCAGGUUUUAAAGUGUGUGAUCCAAGAGAGACUUUGCCUUCCAGGGAGCAAGCAGUCAAUUUCGGGGCAACUGAAUUUCAUCGAGGGUGGUGGUGGCGGCCCAGAAGUGACCACUCGUGAACUGGAAUGCAUAGGACUAUGUGUGGGAUCACAUCUUAGUGACUUGGUUUAUUUAGUAAACAAAGCAAAAACUUAACUAAUUUAGGUGAUAUUGAAAUGUUUCCCAUCCAGAAAUCAGAACAACCAGUCAAGUUGCUUGGUGUUGAAAUUACUUGGAUCAGCAGAUUUUUGCAAGAAUUAAAAAAGAACAAUUCUCCCCAUAGAGAUGUACUGGGCACUUGAAACAUUAGGUGCUAAGCACUUCAUUUGGGAAAAGUAUAUCCACUUGGUGUAUCAGGUGAAUGUGCAAAGGGUUAUUUUAGGACUGCUGUGAAGGUGAUAGUUCGCAUAACAGGGAAAUUCUGUGAUAAAAACUCCUUUCCCCCAUUGAAGUCACGUGGAUUGCCCCCCGAUAAUCAUGGACCGGUAUUGCAGAAUGCAUCUCCACUGUUCAACAUUCCAGCCACACAAUUCCAAUAAUCAUGCCAUGCUUGGUUAUGUAUUUGCACGAUUAUUGGCUAUGAUCCAGAGCUCCAUGCAGGCAGACAUGGCAUUCUUAAAGUUGUAGAGGAAAGCAGCCAGUGGCCAUUGUGUGAUGACUGGGUAGUCAUGGCCCCAUGGUCCUAUCUCAUGCAGCCUGCCUUAGGCUAAAUUGUGCAGAAUUAACCCAUGGCAUCCUCCAUAGCUAAAGGUAUAAGGGAUCCCUAGUCUGGCAGCAUGGUCAUGACUUAGCCAGACAUGAAACUAGCAGUCAGAGCAGCUAGUAGAUAUCUUCCAGCUUUUCAAAUAUUUACCCGUGAAGUUAAUUUUUUAACAAUACCCUUUGCUCACCCAUUCUUAGUAGGUAACAUAUUUGGGCUUCCUUUCCUCUGCCACUUGGCUUGGUGUCAGUUUUGGCAGACUUUAGCAUGAGGCUAAUUUUAGGAGGAGCAACAGCAGGUCUUUCGCUCCCUACAGCCUAACCUGCACUGGCCGUGGAAGGGCCUGCUGAGGGCAGACAAAUGGGUGGACACUAAAACCUAAGGAGUCUGUAACACACAGCAGAAACGGGCUGCUUCAGCUAUCGAGCUCCAUGCUUCUGCCGAGAAAAGCUUAUUAAAGCAUUGCAAAUUCUUGCCCAACAGGUGGUGGAGGGGAAACCCCACAUUAACAUUCAUUAAGGAAUUCAGAACCAGCAACCCAAGAGAGAUGUACUGAUGAUACUCUGAAACAAGCUCCUUUGGCUUAAGCUUGUAAUUAAUUAUCCCCAGGACAGUGUUUUAAAUAUAGGAUUAGCUGGAAAGUCCAUCUAGCAGAGCCGAUAAAGGAUUUAGUUGGGUGCACAGUUCUGAAAAUCAAAAUUGAAAAUAGCAGUUUGUAAAAUAAUACCAGUUAUUGUUCUUUGAAAUUUGUGUUCUAAAAGUCCUUUUGUGUUAAUAAUGGAAAACUACUCCUUUAUAUGUUGCUGGUGGUGAUGGGGUGUGUGUUGGGAAGGAAGCAUGGGUAGCAGAAGUGGUUUUCAAAUGGCUUCCAUGAUCUGCUAGCCUUUUAGAGUAGUGGGUUGAAAAGGGUUUCUGUGUAGCACAAGAGGUUCGAAGGGGAGGGGAUUUAGAGGUAAGCUUGCAUAUUGCUGCUUGUCAGUUUUUACGUAGCCCUAUUUGUGGGUCACGGUAUAAAAACCAAUGUUUAAAAUACUGGAAGUGCAACACAGCAAGGUGAAGACGUCCCAACAGGUUGCUAGCCAUUCUACUCUACCCUGGGCCAGCAAACAUUUAUGAUGAUGCUCUCAUGUAGAUUUGGAGGCGUCUGGCCUUAGAAUGCAUAGGGGCACUGUCUUUCCCAGUAUUGUAAAUACAGUCAAUAUCCAGAAUGGUCAAGGCAAUAUUCCACAGUGGCCUGGUGGAUGUGAGGGAGGGAAGGUCCCAUUGGGCAUGUGGACUUGACACUAUUGGAUAUCUGACAGCCUCUCUCCACCCAUCUUUGCCAACUCUAUGGCUGAUUGGACUUCAGUGGUUCUUCCCUUUACUCAUUCUCACCCUUAUAGUAACCGCCUGGUCCAUACCAACCAACCCAACCAGCCAGCUGCUGCUGCUUAGGCACACGCACAUACACAAAACAGGGUCACACUGGUUAUUUUGUCUGCCCCAUUGCCCACUCUUGGUAGCAUCAAACUCUCCAUCCUUUGCUCCAACUGUUCUCACAACAGGAAGACCGGAAAAUUUCCGUCUGUUGCAGCAGCAAAUGCUUGCUUCAGUCUGCUGCAGCUUGGGUGAAGACACCCUGAUCAAGAGAGCUUGUGGACUCCAAUUGCUUUUUCCUUAUUUAAAAAUGUGGUUGGUUUUGAGGAGGAGGAAGAGGAGGAGGUGCUAUAAAGUAGCACUUUGCGCUGGAGGAUGUGAACUUUUUCUCCAGGUCUGCUGAUCUGUUUUCUCCCACCUCUUUAAAAUGCAAACUGGAGCUUGCCUACCUCACAGGGUUGUUGUGAGGAUCCGUAAAUUGUUUUAAUACGUUUAUAUUGAUUUGUGGAAGAAAAGUGCAAUAUAAAAAAACUGCAAGGAAUUUGAAUAGGUAUGGAAAGGACUGUUUCAUAGUCCCUUGGAGGAUACAAAUUUGUGGAAACUUCAGUCCAGAAAAGGCAGGUAUACCUUUUAUAUUCUGUGGGUAUUUCUGCAGGAAAGCUGCUUCUACAAGGAGACUUAAUAUUGGCAAAUGGGUUGUUUUCAAUUGGGUUUUUUUUGUUUAAAUAAGUUACUGAAUUUUCCAUGGAAGGAUGAUAAAUCCAGAAGGUGGCAGGGGCAGGACGUAGGUUGGUAUUUUUAUGCCAAAAUGCCGUGUGGAAGCUGGGGAAAAGCUUGCAUGAGGACCAC